AUGGCAUGUAAAAAGUUUUUAAAAAUAAUAGCUGUAAUAAAUAUCCUUUUAGCACUAUUUACAAACAUCUAUAUUCAUUUAUAUCCCUCUUUAUCGCCAAUUGCCUGUUCAUGGUGGGAACCAAAUUACAAUUCAGAAAAAUGUAAAGCUCCACAACAUUUUAAUACUACCUAUGAUAGGAUUUCGUUCACUUUCAAUAAACUAAUUCAAGAUAUAAACAAACAUUAUUUUCAACCUUCUGAUGCCAAUUUAGGUAAUGGAAUAAAGGACAAAAGUGGUAAAAGAGAAGAUAUCCACUUGUUAGCCUUUGGUGAUCCACAAAUUAACGGUGUGUGGCCAAGUACAAAAUAUAGAAGUAGAUUAGAUAUGUUUGGGAACGAUUAUUAUUUAGGCCACAUAUAUGCUACAAUGACCAAAAGGUUGAGACCAUCACAUGUGGUGGUCAUGGGAGAUUUAUUUUCAAGUCAGUGGAUUGGAGAUUAUGAAUUCUAUAAGAGAACAAUGAGAUAUGUUAAAAGGUUAUUUCCAAACUCAAUUACUAAUAAAGUAGACGAGUUAAAAAUGUUGGUAUCAAAAGAACAUGAUGAGGAGGGGCAUUAUAAAACGGACUGGGAUAAGUUUGCUAAAAAUAUCUUUUUAACGCAAAAAAACCACCUAAUUGAUGCUGAGGACACUCUUGUAGAUCAUUUCAAGUUUGGUUAUGAAAAUGUUUAUAAAUGGAAUGAAAACGAUACGUUUUUAUUUCUUAAUAUGACCGGUAAUCAUGAUAUCGGUUAUGGUGGUGAUGCAACAUGGCAGCAUAUGUCUAGAUGGCACGACAUUUUUGGGCAUGACAAUUUUUACAUUGAAUAUGAAAAACAGACGGACCAUCCUUGGAGAAUUGUUUCUGUGAAUUCAAUGUUAUUGGAUGGUCCUCCAUUGGAGGAUACUUUCAGGGAUAUCACAUGGGAAUUCCUAUAUCAAGUUUUUGAAAGAAAUUUUAAUGGUUCCACCAUAUUAUUAACGCAUAUUCCACUGGCUAAGAAAGAAGGGUUGUGUGUAGAUGGUCCAUUUUUUAAAUAUUAUCCCAAUGAAUACGAAGAUGAGCCCUAUAAAAGUGGAUUAUUGAGAUCACAAAAUCAUCUAAGUCAGGAAACAACAGAUAAAUUGUUAAAUUUAGUUUUUCAUAAUGGUAAGCCCGGCAUUAUAUUAACUGGCCAUGAUCACGAAGGUUGUGAAACAUAUUAUAACAUGUACAGAAGCAAGAAGAGAGAUGACCCUGAAAACAUAGCAUCUGUCAGAUGGACUUGUGAGAAGGAAAUUGAUCCCAAAAGUGACUAUCAUAUUAAAGAGGUUACUGUCAAAUCUAUGAUGGGUCAUUAUGGUGGUAACACUGGGUUAGUUACUGGUCAUUUUGAUGGUGAAAAUUGGCAGUGGUAUUAUACUGUUUGUCCGUUCACCGUCCAGCAUAUUUGGUGGAUAAGCAAAAUAUCGUUGAUUUUAGCUGGGUUCUUUGUAUCACUAUUGAUUGUGGUAUGA